UUUUUAUUUCAUCGUCAUUUUUCAUCGUAUUUUCCUAUCUUCUAAUUCAACCCUUUCUUUCUCUCCCUCUUUUGUUCUUUCCAUCUUUAUUUAUCCCCCUCUACUUCUUCGCUUUUUGUGUUUUCCUCAUUCACUUUCCUUACAAUUCCAAGUUUCUUUAUCACCCUUUUCUUAUUCCUUCUUUCGUAUAAUAUGACUAAUCUUUUUCUUCUAAAUAAAUAAAAAAUAAAAAAUGGAAAAUAUAUCUCCGGUUUGAGGCUUAAAAUCAAUGAGGCUGUUGUUGUUGUUCUUGUUGUUGUUGAUGGUGUUGUUUUUCUUAUCUUUCUAUCUUUGUUGUUUUUGUGUUAUCUGUGUUUCUAUUACUUUUCUUUUAAUUCCUCUUCUCCUUUCUAUCAUUUCUUUCCCUCUUCCUCCUCCUGUUUUCUUCAUUUCUCUCAUUUUUCAUCUUAUUUAUUUCUCUCUGCUGCUAAUUUCACCUUUCCUCUACUUCUCAUUCUUUCUUUCCUCUUCUUCUAAUUCCUCGUCUUCUUCUUCCUCUUUCCAACUUACCCUUUCUAUACUUUUUUUCUUUUCACUCCAUUUUCCGUCGCAUUUUCUUUAUUUACUUAUUCUUUUCCUACAACUAAAACAGAUUCAAACCCUUUUUCUACCCCUUCAAAAUGCAACGUAAUCCAAUCUUCCUUCUCUCCCUCAACAGAACCUACAAAACACAGGAUCCAGGAAGAACCUACAAAACACAGGAUCCAGGAAGGUAUAAACACGUCUAUAACCUCCACCAAGAUAACAGAGAAGACAGGAGAGCAUCAGAACGCAUUACUAGUGUUUAUGUGCCUUGGAAGCCUCUGUGUCUGCCCUUAUGAGAACUGUAAGCAAGGGGGACUUAAAUAGUGUUUGCCCCGACCUAUCUACCUAUCUAUCUAUCUAUUUACCUGCCUCGCCCUAAUGUAAGAAGGGGAGCAUUCGCGGCGAUGUUGCUAAGAAUAGAAGACUCAGGAACGAAUAGUGAAACGGAGGAGUUAUAACGUUCGAUGGAAUGGUCGUAUGUCGGUACUUGAACGUUCGUAUGUCGUGAUGACUAGUCGUAUACCGAGACAUGACCUGUAUGAUCGUAGAGUGAAGGCAUAACUUGAGUGCUCGAAGUAUGAGGGCGUGAAUUCAGUGAUCGUAUAGCGAGAACAUAACUUGAACGGUUGUAUUGCGAAGAUCUAAUUGGUCGUAUAGCGAAACAAAGAAGUAAUUGCAUGUUUUGGAUUGGUCAAAUAGCAAGAGCGUGACACCUAUGAAGCUAAACCGUCGACUUAAAAGUUUGUGAAUGAGGAAACGAAGGAGGAAUGAGACUGUGACGAGUUUUUGUGAGAAGAGUGCGCAGACAGAUAGCAAGUGAUGGAAAGUGAGCUGGGUUUAAAGAUAGUGAAAGCGAGGAAUGACGAAGGGCUUUAGCGAAGAAAAUGGGAGUUUUACGCAUGGAAACGUGUACUGAAGGAGUUGAUAGUGAAAAAAACGCCUUGAAUACGCAGUGAAACGUAUUGCAAUGAAAAUGACGAUUGAUAAGUUGAAUUAGUGAUGGACAGAUAUAGUGAAAUGGAGAAAUGACUUAGAACUAUAGUGAAGAAAUUAGAUUAGUAACGUACAUUGAAACAGCUGAUACUGAAGAAAACAUCGUAUAUACAGUGAAGAGAAAGAAGAAUGACAAGUAUUAAUAAUGAAAAGAUUGUUAUAGUGAACUGGAGUAAUAACGAAGUACUAUAACGAAGAAAUGAGAUUAAUAACACAUGAAAACUUAUAAUGAAACAACAUAAUAGUGAAGAAACAGCGUCCCAAACAGUGAAAUAUAUGACGAAACUCAGAGAAAAGAAACGAAUGAAAGUGAAAAGGAUGAAUGACAAGAUAAAAUUAUGAUAUGAUGAUAAGUUGGUGAUAGUGAAGUGAUGAACCCCCAAAAAAGUGAAUGUCUGGGGUAUAGACUAUCAUGCGCGUGGCGUCAGUGCUCACAUCCGUCUCGCUACCCCUUGAAGCUGUGUUGGGGGGUAAGAAUUCGCUAACUUGGAAUACAGAAAAGCCUUAGUGAUUUGUGAAAGUGAAAGGAUAGGCCCCAAAAGAGGAAGAAAAAAUAAAACAGAAAAUUUAUGUAAGAAAAAUGUAAAAAUAAUUGAUGUGUACAAUUUUGAAGUGAAUGGAAAAUUAAUGAGUUUACGAAUAAAAUCUUGAAGUGAGUGAAAAAUUAAUAAGUUUACGAAAGGAAAAAGGAUGGAAAAUGUGGAAAAUACAAAUAUAUAUGUAUGAUGAACUUAAUAUAUGUGUGAAAUUUGAGAGCUAAUAGAAAUAAAAAAUAUAUAUAUAGGAAAAUGAAAAUAUGUGAAAUAAAAAAAUAAUGUGAAAUAAGAUAAAAUGUUUAAGACUGAAAAUAAAAAAAGAAAAUAAGUAAAACAGAAAAACAGUGAGUAAAGUGGAAAGAAUAUUAAAUUUGUGAAGAAAAAAUAGAAAAUACAAAAAAUGAAACUGGAAAAAAAUAUUACGACUUGAAAAUGGAAAGAGAAUAUAGAAAACAGAAAAAUCAGUAAAAUAGAAAACACGAGGACUGAAAGAAAGAAAGAAAAAUAAGGUGAAUAAUAAAAUAGUAAAAUAGGAAAAUAUUGAGUUUAUGACUGAGAAAAGAAGUUAAGAUAGAAAAGAAAUAAAACAAGAAAAAUAUCGAGUUUAUGGCUGAGAAAAGGAAUGAAAAAAUAAGUUAAAAUAAAAAAGAAAGAAAAUAAGAAGAAAAAAUAUUGAGUUUGACUGACAAAAAAAAAGGAUUCAAAAUAAGUUAAAAUAGGAAAAAGAAAGAAAAUAAGAAAAAAUAUCGAGUUUAUGACUGAAAAAGAAAUGAAAAUAAGCUAAAAUAGAAAAUAAGAAAAAUAUUGAGCUUACGAUUAAAAGAAAACCAAAAAAACAAGUCAGAUAGAAAAAAAUAAGAAAAAUAUUGAGUUUACGAAUGAGAAAAAAAAAUGAAAAAAAAGUUAAGAUAGAAAAAAAUAUUGAGUUUACGAUUAAAAGAAAAUCAAAAACAAGUCAAAUAGAAAACAAUAAAAUAUAUAAGAAAAAAAUAUUGAGUUUACGAAUUAUAGAAAAGGAAUGAAAAUAAGUUAAAAGAAAAACAAGGAAAAAAGAAGAAAAAAUAUUGAGUUUACGAAUUAUAGAAAAGGAAGGAAAAUAAGUUAAAAGAAAAACAAGGAAAAAAGAAGAAAAAAUAUUGAGUUUACGAAUUAUAGAAAAGGAAGGAAAAUAAGUUAAAAGAAAAACAAGGAAAAAAGAAGAAAAAAUAAUGAGUUUACGAAUUAAAAAAAAAAGAAAUGAAAAUAAGUUAGAAUAAAAAAAUUAAAAAUAAGAAAAAAUAUUGAGUUUAAGAUUACAAGAAAAAAAAAAACGAGUCUUACAGAAAUAAAAUAAAAAAAUAAUAAAAAAAUUUGAGUUUACGAAUUAGAAAAGGAAUUAAAAUAACUUUAAAAAAAUAAGAAAAAUAUUGAGUUUACAAUUACAAAAAAAACAGUCACAAAAAAACAAUAAAAAAAACAGAGACCAUCGCUUCAAGAACAAGGGUAGAGACGAGCCUCGACAGAUAACAGGUAUCAUACACGCCUUAUCGCAACCCAUUGAUAACGCACACACGCACACACACACACACAUACACACACAGGUGGACAAGCAGUAGCCGUGUGUGUGAGCGUAUGUGCGUGUGUGUGUACCUUCGUGUGCGUGUAUGUGUGUGUAUGUUUGUACGUACACACACAUACCUGGGCGUGGGAUUCUAAUUAGUGUGUUCUACCUGUAAUUUCUCACCUGGCGAAGAAGUUAAUUAAGGAAGAUUGUCUCAGGCCGCCAUGGAGCAGCCCGUCACGGACUUCAGCCGCCUGCGAGUGACAGACUCCCCCGCGGAGGGGUCCCCCCGCCCCCCGCCCCCCCGGUACCCAGAGGUGGCGGGGGGCCCGCCGCGCCCCGCUGCCCCCGCCGCGGACCUCGCCGGGCUGCAGAAGUACGCCUCGGAGACCUGCCUGCUGGGGGGCUGGGGCUGGGGGGGGCGGCCCCCCCAGCAGGACCAGCAGGAGGGGGGGCGCGGCAGGUCACAGUCCAACGCGGCGCUCCUCCGCAGCCCCCCCAGAGACAUCCCCGCCCCCCGGCGCCCCGCCCCCCACGAGGCCCCGUUGUACCUGGACACCCUCAGGGGCAGCAAGGCCAGUGCCCCCCCGCCCCCCCAGGCCUCGCGCCCCAUCCCCAUAGUGACGGCCCCCCCCCCGCGCCGCCCCAGCCUGGAGUGCCGCCGAGCCCCCUCCCCCAGUCCCGGCCCCGGCCCCGCCAGCCUCACCCUGGGCACUCACGCCUGCCCCGCGGGGCCCCCCGGCCGGAUUUUCGUGUCCCGCAGCCCCAGCGUGGACGCCUGCCUGCACCAACUGGGGGGCGGUGCGCCCUGGCCCCCGCAGGAGCAGGACGAAGGGGGCGGCGGCGGCGGCCUGCUGGGCGUGGUGUCCUGCGCCAAGCCCUUCCGCAGCAAGAGCCCCAGCCUGGACUCCGGCGUGUUCCUGGAGGCCGUGCAGGCGGGCCCGGCGCCCCCCCGCGGCCCCGCCACGCACGCCCUGCUAGAGGUGGAGGGGGGGGCGGGGGGCGGCGGGGGGCUGGAGCGGCGGCCCAGCGCCCAGUCCCUGCCCGACCUCUCCGGCCCCGCCCUGGACGACCUCUGCCCCGCGGGGCCCUCGCCGCCCCACCACCUGGCCUACCCCAGGUCGGGUCGGGGCGUUGCCCCCCCUCCCUACCCCGCCAAGGCCGCCCCGCUGCCCCACGACCCGCGCCACGCCCUACACGGCUCGCACAACCUGGUGCUGGCGCGCCUCAGGGACAACACAGGUCGCAGAAUGCACUUAGACACGUUUACCGGGAGCCAGACGGGGUCACCGGAGCCUUUACUACCGUCAGAGCUGACCUGUGACCUCGGGGGACUCAUCACACCCCUGGGGCAAUCACCUCACCAUGGGUCACCACUCGGGCCUCCCCCAGCCUUCUCCCCCCCAACCAUCAGCGUGGAAGCCCCCCCUGAGACAAACUGUGGGUCAUCUCAGCUGUCCACGGCCAUGUCCGCCCUGGGGGAACUCCAUGGGGAUCUUUACCUAGCUGGGGAUGACUGGCCGCCGUCCCUGGAGACUCUACUAACAGCCCUCCCCGGUGGGUCAUCUCUCCCCCAGCUUGUAGUAACAGACCCAAGACCCCAAGACCAAGGACUCUACCCCACUCCUUCCCAGCCAACACCAGCUCCCCCAGGGCCUCACACGGAUCUCCUGGACCUGCCGGCACCUGAGGGACUGGACCUGUACCUGGGAAAUGCGUCCCCCAUGAGUGUUUCGCCAGGGGGAUCGUCGCUACCGUCUCCCUUCGCCUCAAAUCGGGGGUCGUUCAGUUCAUCACGGCGGCGUCAGUGUUCCGCUUCGCCUAUGCAUGUGGACGGGUUGGACCUUCACACAAUCAUCCGUUCCUCGCCAACCUGCCUCGCCCCAGCCUCCCCGAGUAACCAGCUCUCCACAUCCCCGUCAGGAGGGACAUAUGGGCAUCUCCUAACCCGGCCUGAAGCUACACCACCCACCACACAGCACCACCAACACCACAGGCCGUCAUACACCUUCAGAUCUCUCAUCACCGAAGAUCACCACCAACAGCAACGUCACCACCAGAAGGUUGAGCCGAAGACCGAACCCAGGCACUCACCACCACCUUCGCAUCAACACCACGACAACACCACACAAGAUACAGAUGACACACGCCCCUGUUCACCCACGGAAGAAGAUGGGCCGAGGUGCUGUAGAUGGGUGGAUUGCAACUCCCUCUUCAGCUGUCGCGAGGCACUAUCCAGACACAUAGAGAAGGCGCACAUUGACCAGCGGAAAGGGGACGAUUUCACCUGCUUCUGGGCGGCGUGUCAGCGGCGGUACAGGCCCUUCAACGCCCGCUACAAACUCCUCAUCCACAUGCGCGUUCACUCCGGGGAGAAGCCCAACAAAUGCACGUUCAACGGGUGCAGCAAAGCCUUUUCACGACUGGAGAACCUCAAGAUCCACCUCCGCAGCCACACGGGAGAGCGCCCCUACAUCUGCGUCUACCCACACUGCAUGAAGGCCUUCUCUAACUCCUCGGACCGGGCCAAACACCAGAGGACCCACGUGGAUGCUAAGCCUUACGUAUGUUCGGUGGCGGGCUGCAAGAAGAGGUACACGGACCCCUCAUCGCUCCGGAAGCACGUCAAGAACCACUCAGCCAAGGAGCAAGCCAUGGCCAAAAGAAAGGUUCACUCCCCCGACGAUGAGGCGCGAGGCGGCACUCCCCCGGGGCUGCUGCUAUCACCCGCCUCCCUUGACCCUACCGCCCCCCAGGACCACUACUCCCCCUUCAACGAUAGGACCAUCCCCGAGCGCCGCCCCCGGAGAUGUGGUUCGGUUCAGUCUCCGAUGUCAUCUCUUGUCACGUCGCCCCGCCACACCCACCCACGAGAUGGCGUUCCUGGGCCUGCCGGAGACGCUGGUGCCCGAAUUCUCCCAGGAAGAUUUGGAUGCCUGGGUCAGCCUCUUCUAAGCCACCACCAGUCACCCCAGCCACUCAGUCAGUCCAUGGAUCAGUCAGGGAGUCAGUCAAUGGAUCAGUCACUCAGUCAAUCCAUCAGUCAUUCAGUCAGCGAAGAGCAACGGACGAAGGGUUUUGGGUGUCAGUCCAUCAGCCACGCGCUCAGUCAGUCCAUGGAUCAGUCUGUCAGUCAGUCAGUCAGUCAGUCAAUGAGUCAGAACCAGAGGGAGAGCUACUGCCUGACUCUACCCGUUCUGAGUCCCCAAGAAGGUCAUCAACGGAGGGACAGAGAGAGGACGUUAUGCUACAGUCACCCCUCUCUUUCCCCGCACGAGGAUCAAAGAAAACGGAGAUCGGGGUUGCCAGGGGACAGUUACGGCUUGUCUCACACUAUACUAACCCACCAAGAACAGCAACAACAACAGCAACAGCAAGAGCGUGAAAACCAACAUCACCACCACCAGCUACACGAUCCUGCAACAAGCUUCCCAGUCAGUCACCACCAUCACUACCAUCACCACGAGGACCAGUUUGACGGCUCACAGCUCUUUGCAUCCCCUCCCCCGCCUUACUCCCUCCCCCAGCCCCUCCCUGCUACCCUCCCCCCAUCAGCCUCCCCCCCAUCUCUUCACUACUCAUACGCCCCCCACCCCAGCCCCUCACCAUACCGCCCCCCGCCGUAUCUCCCCCAAAACGCCCCAGUCUCCCCGUUUUCGACCCAGCAAGGAACGUGAAGCCUGUUUCGAGCUGUUUCAUCGGUGACUCGUGAAGCAGUUGACUUGAAUUCGAAGCAGAUAUAGUUUCAGCCCCAAGACACGGAUCAGAGCGCUGAGGCAAUGAUCCGCGGGGUAGCUUUCCUGGCUGAACGCUUGUGAUUCGACCCAAAGAUUAGAGGAUCCAAGUUCGAAAUAUCAACCUCGAAUACAUCCACGGGUUAUCUUGUUGGCUGAACGCUUGUGACUCGACCCAGGAAGUUGAGGACCCAAGUUCGAAACGGUCACAGAAUCGAUCCGCGGGUUAGCUUGUUGGCUGAAUGCUUGAGACUCAACCCAGUGUUCUGAGACCCCGGGUUCGAAAAAUUGACUCACACAUCCACUGGUUAUCUUGGCUGAACGGUAGAGACUCGACCCAGUGUUCUAAGGCCCCGGGUUCGAAAAAUUGACUCACACAUCCACUGGUUAUCUUGGCUGAACGGUAGAGACUCGACCCUGUGUUCUAAGGCCCCAGGUUCGAAAAAUUAACUCACACAUCCACUGGUUAUCUUGGCUGAACGGUAGAGACUCGACCCUGUGUUCUAAGGCCCCGGGUUCGAAAAAUUGACUCACACAUCCACUGGUUAUCUUGGCUGAACGGUAGAGACUCGACCCUGUGUUCUAAGGCCCCAGGUUCGAAAAAUUGACUCACACAUCCACUGGUUAUCUUGGCUGAACGGUAGAGACUCGACCCAGUGACUUGAAGACCUUGGUUCGAGCCCCCGUAUAGAUCAAUUUAUACGUAUAAAGAUUAUUUAGAAGCACAGAUGAGCCUUCUACUUUUCACUUUAUUAUUUGUGUUCUGUAUAAAGGCAUAGUAAUAAUAAUAGCAAUAAUAAUGAUGAUGAAAAUACUUAAAAUGUAAAUAAGAGUACAAAAAAGUGCCUUAAGUAAUAAAAGUAAGCAAGUGAAGUAGUAAAGUAAGUAAAGUGCAAUAAAGCUGGAUGUGGUUUUUAUUUUAAGUUAUUUAUUUGAUGUAUGUGUUUGUGUGUUUGUUUGUGUGUUUGUGUAGGGAACAGAUUUUGGUGUUUCGUUUUUUGUAUAUUUCGUGUUUUGUGGUUUUUUUUUUUUUUACCUGUUUCGCUUCUCACCUUCAUCAUCAUCAUCAUUGUCAUUUUCAUUAUUGUCAUUUUUAGCAUUUUUUUCAUUAUUUCGUUUUUAUCAUCAUCCUCAUUCUUAUUUUUUUUUUUAAUUUCCUUUCUUUAAUUCCUUCUUUUUUCUUUCUUUUUUCUUUCCUUUCUUCCUUCAAUCCUUCAUUCCUUCCCUCUCUCCUUCCUUCCUUCCUUCCUUCCUUCCUUCCUUCCUUCCUUCCUUCAAUCCUUCAUUCCUUCCCUCUCUCCCUCCUUCCUUCCCUCCUUCCUCGCUUCCUUCCUUCCCUCUCUCCCUUCUUCCUUCCCUCCUUCCUUCCUUCUUCUUUUCUUCUUUUUCUCCUCCUCCUCCUCCUCCUCCUCCUCCUCCUCCUUCUUCUUAUGUUAAUUUAUUUCAUCCUUCCUUUGUGUGUGUGUGUGUGUGUGUGUGUGUGUGUGUGUGUGUGUGUGUGUGUGUGUGUGUGUACGUGAAGGCGAGGCGACAGGACACAUGACUAUAAGUGCUUUCAAUAGCCUGUAUGUACGUUUUUUGAGGCCGUGUACGUUUCCAAUUGGCUCAUGUACGUUUAUGUAGGUGUGUAUGUAUGUAUGUGUGUACGAUUUUUUUCGGCUGUUCGUUCGUCCGUUCGUUCGGUGUAAUCUUUUUUUUUUACAUGUGAUAAUAAAAUAAAUAAAGUAGAAAAGGAGUAAUUUUGUGUAUGGCGCUUUUGUGAUAAAUAAAAGAAAAAUAAAAUAA